AUGCGACUACGAAAUGGGCUCUGCUACAUGAGAGAAUAUUUGCUGCAAAGUGGCAUUCCUCAUUUGCCGAAGCUGAUUUCGAAAAAAUUCCGCCAACUGGAUGAUCCCAUCAUCUCGAUGUUUGCCGAGGACUACUACUUGAAAAAGAAGUUCGUUCGCACCGUAAUUUUACGAAACCUACCACUUUCGAUGGCCAAUUUCAGGUUUCCAACGUUUCCCAGCAGUAGCGAGCUUUUACGAUCCAGCUCGCUCUUCUUCGUGAAUACGGAUCCCUUGCUGGAAUUCCCACGAGCCUUAUCUCCAGUUGUAAUUCCCGUUGGUGGGCUACAUGUAGAUCAGCCCAAGCCUUUAUUUGCGCCAUGGAACACCUCUAUUGAGUCUGCUAGAGAUGGCCUGAUCGUGGUCAGCCUCGGAACUCAACGCGAAUCAGCCUACAUGACGAAAGCCGAAGCGUCAACAUCCACAUUAAUGUAUAAAUUAUCUCACAAAUCCUGCAAACUUCUGGUAACAAAUGGCGGAAUGUCAGCAUCAUGCGAGGGACUUGGUUUAAUGGUCAACAAAAAGGAGUUACGAGAAGAUAGACUAUUGAGCGCAAUGAAAUCGGUGCUCCAAGGUAGCAAGUAUACAAAGGUAGCAAAAGAAAUGUCUAAGGACUUCCGUGCUCGUCCGUCGACCCCCUUCGAAACAGCUCUACACUAUAUAGAACUUGUUGGUCGUCACCGCGGUUCAGGCUUUUACGGUGUACAGCUUGUGAAUCCUCUCCUUACUCUUAACCUAGACUUCUUAUUGUUAACUCUUGUAGCGGCAUACCUUAUUUGUUAUUUGCUACUGCAGAGUUUCUUCUUGAUUUGCCGCCGAUCUUCUAUACCGUCCAUUGUUGUUACUGUAGAUAAGAGCAGUCAGAGUCUUCGUACCAAGAAAGAAAAUUGA